ACUGCGCGCUCGCCCGCCGCGCUCUGUGCCGCCCGACCGAGCGGCCGGACCUCGCGCCCCGCGCGCCCUGCGCCGCCGGCUUUUGUUGUCGCCGCCUUCUCGGCCGCCGCCGCCUGCCGCCCGCGCGCCGCCCGCGCUGGGACCUUGGCUCUGCCCUUCGCGGGCGGGGGCUGCGCGGCCCGGGCGGGAUCCGGGAGAGGCGCGGGCGGGCGGGCGGGCGGCCGGGGCGCCCCGGCCCCGCCAUGGAGCUGCGGGCCCGAGGCUGGUGGCUGCUUUGCGCGGCCGCCGCGCUGGCCGCCUGCGCCCGCGGGGACCCUGCGAGCAAGAGCCGGAGCUGCAGCGAAGUCCGCCAGAUCUACGGGGCCAAGGGCUUCAGCCUGAGCGACGUGCCCCAGGCGGAGAUCUCGGGGGAGCACCUGCGGAUCUGCCCCCAGGGCUACACCUGCUGCACCAGCGAGAUGGAGGAGAACCUGGCCAGCCGCAGUCGGGCUGAGCUAGAGACGGCCCUCCUGGACAGCGGCCGCGCCCUGCAGGCCGUGCUCGCCGCCCAGCUGCAGAGCUUCGACGAUCACUUCCAGCACCUGCUGAACGAGUCGGAGCGGGCGCUGCAGGACACCUUUCCCGGUGCCUUCGGGGAGCUGUACACACAGAGCGCCAGGGCCUUCCGGGACCUGUAUGCAGAGCUGCGCCUCUACUACCGUGGCGCCAACCUGCACCUGGAGGAGACGCUGGCCGAGUUCUGGGCCCGCCUGCUGGAGCGCCUCUUCCGGCAGCUGCACCCUCAGCUGCUGCUGCCCGACGACUACCUGGACUGUCUGGGCAAGCAGGCCGAGGCGCUGCGGCCCUUCGGGGAGGCCCCGCGCGAGCUGCGCCUGCGCGCCACCCGCGCCUUCGUGGCAGCCCGCGCCUUCGUGCAGGGCCUGGGCGUGGCCGGUGACGUGGUCCGGAAGGUGGCCCAGGUGCCCCUGGGCCCCGAGUGCUCCAGGGCCGUCAUGAAGCUGGUGUACUGCGCGCACUGCCUGGGGGUCCCCGGCGCCCGGCCCUGCCCGGAUUACUGCCGCAAUGUGCUCAAAGGCUGCCUGGCCAACCAGGCCGACCUCGAUGCCGAGUGGAGGAACCUUCUGGACUCCAUGGUGCUCGUCACCGACAAGUUCUGGGGCCCGUCGGGGGCGGAGAGCGUCAUUGGCAGCGUGCACCUGUGGCUGGCAGAAGCCAUCAACGCCCUCCAGGACAACAGGGACACACUCACGGCCAAGGUCAUCCAGGGCUGCGGGAACCCCAAGGUGAACCCUCAGAGCUCUGGGCCUGAGGACCAGCAGCGCCGGGGCAAGCUGGUGCUACAGGAGAAGCCCCCCACGGGCUCCCUGGAGAAGCUGGUCUCCGAGGCCAAGGUGCAGCUCCGAGACGCCCAGGACUUCUGGAUCAGCCUCCCGGGGAUGCUGUGCAGCGAGAAGCUGGCCAUGAGCAGCGCCAGCGAUGACCGCUGCUGGAACGGCAUGGCCAAGGGCCGGUACCUCCCGGAGGUGAUGGGCGACGGCCUGGCCAAUCAGAUCAACAACCCUGAGGUGGAGGUGGACAUCACCAAGCCUGACAUGACCGUCCGCCAGCAGAUCAUGCAGCUGAAGGUCAUGACCAACCGGCUUCGCGGCGCCUACAGCGGCAACGACGUGGACUUCCAGGACGCGAGCGACGACAGCAGUGGCUCGGGCAGCGGUGACGGCUGCCCUGACGACCUCUGUGGCCGGAGAGUCAGCAAGAAGAGCUCCAGCCCGCGGACGACCCUGACGCACGCCCUCCCGGGCCUGUCGGAGCGAGGGGGCCAGCAGAACCCGGCCUCCGGCGGCCCCCGGCCCUGCGCGUCGCUGCUGCUGCUGCUCCCCUCCCUGCUCCUCUCCGCCACCAGGCCCGCGUGGCGGUAACUGCCCGAGGCCCCAGGGACUUCGGCCAAGAACUGACUUUGCCAAAAUGCAAAACAGACGAUAUUUAAUUCCGCUGGGCCUAGAGGCCCCGGGGCAGGACAGGGAGGGACAGUGAGGGGCCCCGGCUCUGCAACGGCGCUGGGGUGGGGCGGGGCCCUGCCCCCCCCCCCCCCCCCCCCCCCGGCUCUACCGGCCACCCUGGCUUUUAGUUUUGUAUGAGGCCCUCAGGUCAGCCGGGAACAAUGUCCCCAAAAGCCAUGUAUUUCAGGGACCUGGGGGUGCUGGCGGCCACCUCCCCGCCUGCCCGCCUGCACCUCAUCCCCCAGCCCCCCGAGCCGUGUCCCGCUGGAGAGUGCGAGCCUGUGCCUUCCUCUCCUGCCUCCUCCCACCGAGAACUUCCGGCCUCCAUGGGUCAGAAAGCAAAGCCCAUGCCUGGGCGCCUGAGAAUCGCUGGGAGGGCCUCAGGGUUUCUGCCAUCCGGGGUCUGGCAGGGGCUUUGAGAUUAUGCAUGAACCCUUCUGACUCAGCCGGGCCCCCAUGAUGCCGUGUCCCCCCAUCCCUCCCCCCGCCCCCUCCCCCCCAAGGCCCUCAGCAUCAGAACGACUUCUAACUGGGAAGGCACCUUUGCUGACGGGUCCGUCAGGACUUCAUUCUCACCAAGGACCGGCUACGAGGGUCUGGGGCGCAGAGAUGGGCCACCGUGGGCACAGCCUCACCACCUCCGGGGCCGCCCUGUUGACCUUUGUGUGAGGCUGGGGGUGCCGGUCCUGGCUGUCCCAGGGGAGCAGGCUGGGUACCCCCUUCACACACAGGCCCCAUGCCUCUCGCCGCCCCCAGACCAGGCAGGGCUGGAGGGCACGCGUGGCCACAGGAUGCAGGCAGGCCAGCGAGACAGGAGCCCAGCCCCUCCUGACCCCGCCGGCUGCAGGGGGCCUGGGGGGCUUUGACAGUUAAGGGCUUUUCAGACUUACAUACAUUCACAGACGCUCUCCACUUGUUCACCCAGAGCUGCUUUUCAGCUACUCCCAGAGCUUGGAGGUGCUGGGCUUCCCCAACCGGGGCGCACCCCUGCUCACUUGGGCUGUCCAGCCCCCACUCCCACCCCGGGCCCAGGACUCUGCCCUCUUCCCUCCCUCCUGGGCCCUGGCUGCAGUGGGCCCUGAGGAGGGAGCUGGACCCUGCCAGAGAGGGGCUUAGGCAAGGGGACCCUCAAGGGCCCAUCGGAAGCUGAGCCCUGUGGCGGGCACAGCAGUGCUGACGAGCACGGGGAUCCGGCAAGGCCGUUUUGCGCUUCUCCGCCUUGCCCCUCGCACCCGUCGGGCCCCCCAGCCUGUGCCCCACAGGGCAGCACUGUCCCCCAGGCACGCCCACCUCUUAAUAACUGUUCCUGCCAGACCAGAGGGCCGGGCCUGGGGCCCCCUUCCCAGUAGGCAAAGGCCAGCCCAACCCUCGGGGACUCUGGGGCAGCGCUGGCCUGGCUGCCCGUGGGAGUGCCCUCCCUGUGUGCCUCUGUGGGGGGGGCAGGGCCAGUCGCUGGCCAGGCGGCAGCCAGGCCUGCUGUGUCCCCCUGCACGGCGUCAGCUGGCGUCACAUGCUCUUGAGUCCUCGUACGAAUAAAAGGUUGGAGAGCUCUU